UGUGCAGUCGACCAUUCGCACGAUGGCGCAGGACAUGCGGGCGCUGCGCGACUACGUGACGGCAAAGGACGGAUAUGAGUACGCGGAAGUGUCGGACGGCUUGGUGUGUCUGCACAUUACGCACUCCAACCUCCGCGCGACGAUCGUGGACAUUCGCCUGGACUUGCACAUGACGCUGGCCCAAGUCAAGGAGAAAGUGUACCGCCACUGCGGCACAAAACCUGACUACAUGACCCUCAUCUUGAAAAGCGGGUCCACAGUCAUCGGAACAUUGGACGAUGAAAGACGCAUGCUUGGGUACUACCCCGUCCAGCACGGCAUGACCCUGCACGUCGUAGACAAUGAUCCAUUCUCGCUUGCAAAAGGCGGUGGACUUGAGGACGUUUCGUUGGUGAAGAAGUACGAAAUCAGUGAAGAAGACUACGACAAACGGAAGAACACGGUGCGCAACUACAAGAAAGAGCAGUUGGCGAAGGAUCCGAACUGGAAACCACCCGUCCUCAUGGGCGCGGGCUUGCGUGGGGUUAAGAACGAUUAUGGGCCGGAGACGGUUGCGGGCAUCGAAGUCGGCAUGCGAUGCGAAGUAGCGCCUGGCGGACGACGAGGCCGAGUCGCGUACGUUGGUGUGGUGCCCGAGUUGGCGUCGUCCGAGGUGGGAGGGCACUGGGUCGGGGUUGUCUUUGACGAACCCGUGGGCAAAGGCAACGGAUGCGUCAAGGGAACGCGGUAUUACGACUGCCUUGAAAAAUUCGGCGGGUUCAUUCGGCCCCCGAACGUCGCCGUCGGCGACUUUCCGCCCCUGGACGAGCUGGAAUCCGACGACGACGAUGAGUUUUAGAUGCGAAGUAACCAGACACACUACAUCCCUAUGUCGAUCGUCCCCUGGUCAUGUGCAUGAAAGGGCACGUUGAAUUCGUGCGCCUGGGCGACUACAUGUGACGCACACCUACGACCAUGAAUCGGGAUGCAUUAAAUUUCAGCCUUCUUCAGGAUCUCUUCGACAUUCCAGCGCUUUCGCUUGCUCAACGGACGCGUCUGGCUGAUGCGAACCAUGUCGCCAAUGUUGCACGCGUUCUCUUCGUCAUGCGCCAUAAACUUCUUUGUCUUCUUGUAGUACUUGCCGUACGUUGGGUCCUUCACAAUGCGUGUGACGGCCACCAGGACACUCUUCUGCAUCUUGUCGCUCACGAUCUUCCCGAAGAUUGGCUUCAUUCUCCGGCGCUUCCUCCGUCGUCC